UUUAAAUUUGUUUGGUUUCGUUUUGUGCGAUUUUGUGUUUGUUAUUUACAAAGGUCUUGCAUUAUGUGUUUACAUUAAGUUUAGAAUAGUGUUAUUUUUUAAUGUUUUACCUUCGUAUUUGUAUUUUGACUAUUGUUUAAAUUUGUCUGCUUAAUGAAGAAAGUACGCUUUGAAACUACUUUGAAUCACUCUGCCAUGAACGACUUGGACUGUCAGUCUCCAAGACCAUUUCUUGAGAAAAAGAGUAUAUCUGAUGUACCUUGUAUUGAAUAUGACUUUGCUAGAGCUCUGCCAUAUAACAGCGAUCCUCUACAAAGAUAUGAGUGUGGUAACGGGUCUCCAUACCCUACAAUUAACAAGACGUGUUUAACAGAAUUAUCUAAAAUAGAAUCGAAGUGGACUCCUUCUAAUGAUUUAGAUCUAAGUUUGUUGGACUCAUAUACAAAAAUACCGAGAAGUGGUUUCCAAGAGCCAAGAAUGUUUAAACAUCCAACCUCUAAUGGACCAUCUUGUGUAGAAAAGAACACCUGUAGUAAUAUCAAUGCAACACCAAGAGUACUUUCUUCAUUAGAAAAUUAUCAAAAUCCACCCAAUGUUUUGAGUAAAAAUGAUGAUUUUUUCUUACAACGUGAGAAUUUACAUUUAAUGACUGGUCAGAAAAUUGAAAGUCAGUUAAAAAAACUUACUAUAGAUAAAGAAAAUAAUCCUUUGGCUGCUAAAAAUGAGCUUAUGAAAAUAGGUGUAACAAAACCUAUGGAAAAAGUUAGUUAUAAUGGACCAAUUCAUACUAUUGUACCAACUGACCAUUGCCAGUGUCAUGAGUGUUCAAGACAACAAGUGAUUACUACAUCUUGUGUGAACAAUAUAAGACAAUAUGGUCACAUUCAAAAUUCUCCAACAAACAAAAUUUGUUGUAACAAAUUAUCUAAGCAGAUAUCAAAUCAAUGUGAACAAUGCAAUUGUAAUGUACCUGUAUGUACAAAAAACUAUAAGAAAUGUAAUUGUGAUUCUUAUAUACCAGAGCAUGAUAUAAAUGCAGUUGAUAAGAAAACAUGGGCAUUGCAAAGAUAUGAAGAAUCAAAAAAUGAUUUAAAUGCAGAGAAACAAAUUGUUAAAGAAAAAUGCAAAGAAAAGAGAGAACCUUCGGUGGCAGAUCUGUUCAAGAUUAUAAAACUACAAAAUGAACAGUUACAACUUUUGCAGGAAAAGGUUGACAAAUUUAUAUCAGCUAGUAAAUUUGAAACACAGAAGCAAACAUUACCAAUACAGAAUUACGUAACUGAGCAUGUGGCUGUAGAAACCAUGGACAAAGAGCACCAUAAAAUCUCAAUAGGUGUAAUGACUAGUUUCGAAGUUGUUCGUACAUCAACUAUCAUCAAUAAAGAAAUAUUAACUCAAUGUAGUGAGGCACAGAUACAAUGUAAUAGAUCACAAAUUAGUAUUAAAGAAGUGCAGCCUGGUAAUUUAAAUUUUUUAGAUGGCAUCACACCAGCCAAAAGUAACAAUGAAGGAAAACAAAGAUCUUUUCAGAAUGAAUUACCAGAGCAUAUAGAAAGCAGCAAGAAAGAUUGUAAUGAGGACAAAACCUAUAAUGAAAUGAGUUUAUACAAUGUACAAGUUGACAAUGCUAUAACUCCACUUAUGUCUCCAGAACAGAGCAUGUAUUUGGAUGUAAGAGAUUAUAGCGAUUCAGAAUCGGAGCCUGAAGACCAAUCCAAUGUUGGAUGGACAUAUUACAAUAAAGUUAUGGCACACGUAAAUGGUAUGCUACAUGAUUCAGAUAUGCCUUCAUCGGCCAGCGCUCUGUACAGAAAUACACGUCAGAAAUGUAUGCAAAUGAAAAUUGACAAAACUAAUGUUAGUGUAAUAAAGAGAGUGAAGUUUGGUGAUGAUCCUGUUGUUCCGCAAGUUCAGACUGCUUCAACUGAUACUAGUUUGAAAAUGAAUCAACUUGCAGCAAAGUAUUUAAAAAACGGACAUGUUAAUAUUCAGAUGGAAUCACCUAGACCUGCUGCAUCAGUUGACAUGUCAUUUGCUACCAGAAAUUAUAUGGAAAAACAUCAACUACUUCGAGGUAUACCAAUAAAAUCGAAUAACGGACAGAUGCCUGUCGAAAUCCCACGAUUUUUGGACAUCACUGCAUUGAAGCAACAACCAAAAUUAUUGUGAUUUUUAUGGACUUUUUAAUAUUUUAUAAGGACAAAAUACAUUGU